AUGGCUUCCGAAAACCCCCAAGACUUGCCGGUCCGGCCUGCUGAGCAGACGGAGGGUAGCGCUCCUGCCCCGCCAAAAAAUGCGAGAAAGCAGACCCCCGCUCCCGAAGUUCUCCCAGACUGGCUCAUUGAACGGAAUCGGUUCUUCGAAGAGCUAUGGCAGCAACACCUCGAGGAGACUAAGAACCGUCCGCACCCCGAGAUCAACGUGACUCUCGACAUUGGCGAUGGCAACCCCUCCUCGGUCCCCGCAAAGGCCUACGAAACCACCCCCGGAUCAUUUUUGCGCGACGUACCCAAGGAAGUGAGCGCCGACGUUGUCGUCGCGAAGGUCAACGGAGAAUUGUGGGAUCUCAACCGACCCUUGGAAGGCGACUGCACGGUCUCGCUCGUCUCUUUCCACAGCCAAGAAGGUCGGGAUGUGUUCUGGCACUCCAGCGCCCACGCCCUCGGCGAGGCCUGCGAAUGCGAGUUUGGAUGUCUCUUGUCUCACGGUCCCCCGACUCCUCAGGGUUUCUUCUACGACAUGGCGAUUCCUGGAGGUCGUGUGGUGCUCCCGUCCGACUGGCCAGCGCUUGAUUCCAAGGCCUCGCGCAUCUUCAAGGAGAAGCAGAGCUUCGACCGACUGUGGGUCUCGAAGGAAAACCUCCAGAAGAUGUUCGCGUACAGCAAAUAUAAGAACUACUACGUGGAUAAACUCACCGCUGGUGACGGUGCUUCCGUGUACCGCUGCGGAACACUAGUUGACCUGUGCCGUGGUCCCCACAUUCAGAACACUGGCAAGAUCAAGGCUUUCAAGAUUCUUCAGAAUUCCUCUGCAUACUUCCUCGGCGACCAGAGCAACGACUCCCUCCAGCGCAUUCGUGGUGUCGCCUUCCCCGAUAAGAAGUCCAUGGCUGAACACCUCAAGUUCUUGGAAGAGGCUGAAAAGCGCAACCACCUGCGAAUCGGCAAGGAGCAGGAACUUUUCUUCUUUGACGACGUCUCUCCAGGAAGUCCCUUCUUGCUUCCCCGGGGUACCAUCAUCUUUAAUGCUCUGCAAAAGCUUCUUCGAUCUGAAUAUCGCAAGCGCGGCUACCAGGAGAUCCAGUCGCCAAACAUGUAUUCUACAGAAUUGUGGAAGACCUCCGGACACUGGCAACAUUACGCGGAUGAUAUGUUCAAACUGAACGUGGAGAAGGGCGAAUGGGCCUUGAAGCCAAUGAACUGCCCUGGACACUUUAUUCUCUUCGGUCAUCGUGAUCGAAGCUACCGUGAGCUGCCUAUGCGCAUUGCUGACUUCGGUGUUCUGCACCGUAAUGAGGCCUCUGGGGCUCUCAGCGGCCUGACCCGCGUGCGCAAGUUCCAGCAGGACGACACGCACAUUUUCUGCGAGCCUCACCAAAUCAUGUCCGAGAUCGAGGGUCUCUUCGACUUUUUGCAAACCGUCUACGGCUUGUUCGGUUUCACCUUCAAGCUGAAGCUUUCGACCCGCCCUGAGAAGUAUCUCGGUGAUCUCGAGACCUGGAACUUUGCCGAAGAUCAGCUGAAGAAGGCCAUGACUAAGUUCAAGGGCAAUGACUGGACCAUCGAUGAGGGUGAUGGAGCUUUCUAUGGUCCUAAGAUCGACAUUACUAUUGCGGACGCCCUCAAGCGAGAGUUCCAAUGUGCGACCAUUCAACUCGAUUACCAGGCGCCCAUCAACUUCAAGCUCGAGUACGUUAGCAAGGAGAAGGCCGGAGAAGAGUCAGCAGAGCAGAAAGAUGGGGAGAAGAAGGAGGGUGAGAAGUCGAACCAGCCCGCACCCGGUCGAGCCCGUCCCGUGGUCAUUCACCGUGCCAUUAUUGGUAGUUUCGAGCGCUUCCUGGGCAUUCUGAUUGAGCAUUUUGCCGGCAAGUGGCCAUUCUGGAUCAGUCCCCGCCAAAUCAUGAUUGUGCCCGUCAUGCCUGCUCUGAACGACUACGCCUUGGAAGUGCAAGACAUCUUGCGCAAGGACAAGCUGAACGUUGAUGUUGACGUCUCCGGUAACACCUUGGCCAAGAAGAUUCGCUCCGCGCAGGUCAGUCAGUACAACUUGAUCUUCGUGGUCGGACAACAGGAGAUGGAGUCCCGCUCGGUCAACAUUCGCAACCGCGACGACCCCUCCACCCAAAAACUGGGAGUGAUGGUGCCACUGGACGAGGCUCGGGAAAAGAUUCGGGCUUUGCGCAAGGAGCGCCGGUUGGAGACGAGACUGUAG